ACCGCCCUGGUCUGCGCCAACGGCUCCGGCCUCUGCAAAGCCGGUUUUGCCGGCGACGAUGCCCCUCGCGCCGUCUUCCCCUCCAUCGUGGGGCGGCCCCGGCACCAGGGUGUCAUGGUAGGCAUGGGGCAGAAAGACAGCUACGUGGGCGACGAGGCGCAGAGCAAGAGAGGGAUCCUCACCCUCAAGUACCCCAUCGAGCACGGCAUCAUCACCAACUGGGAUGACAUGGAGAAGAUCUGGCACCACUCCUUCUACAACGAGCUGCGCGUGGCCCCCGAGGAGCACCCCACCCUGCUCACCGAGGCUCCCCUCAACCCCAAGGCCAACCGGGAGAAGAUGACCCAGAUCAUGUUUGAAACCUUCAACGUCCCCGCCAUGUACGUCGCCAUCCAAGCUGUCCUCUCCCUCUACGCCUCCGGCCGCACAACCGGCAUUGUCCUCGACUCCGGGGACGGCGUCACCCACAACGUCCCCAUCUACGAGGGCUACGCUCUGCCCCACGCCAUCAUGCGUCUCGACUUGGCCGGCCGUGACCUCACCGACUACCUCAUGAAGAUCCUCACUGAGAGGGGCUACUCCUUCGUCACCACCGCCGAGCGGGAAAUUGUGCGCGACAUCAAGGAGAAGCUCUGCUACGUGGCCCUCGACUUUGAGAACGAGAUGGCCACCGCCGCCUCCUCUUCCUCGCUGGAGAAGAGCUACGAGCUCCCCGACGGGC